UGUGGCAGCUGGAUACACUGCCAUACAGGAGUGAGCGGUUGAUCACCAGGUCAAGACAAGAUACAGAGGCAGUCCGCAUACUAGAAGAAAAGACCACCAGAGUGAAGAAGCAGUCUUGCCACAACUAUGUGGUACAGAAAGACGGCUAGCUAAAGAUCCAGAGAAGGCUGCCAUCUAUUCCAAAGAGAUCCACAAGCUCAUUGAUGCUGGUUAUGUCAAAGAAAUACUCCCAGCCAAAGCUAAGUAACUUUUCUUGGUUUAUUCCGCAUCACAUUGUCGAGCAUAAUGGGAAGCAUCGUAUAGUCUUUAACUGCUCUUACAUUUUCAAUGGGCAGAGCCUCAAUGACCACCUUCUUCCUGGACCCACGCUUGGAGCUAGUCUUCUGGGAGUCCUCCUCAGGUUCCGAGAACACCCAGUAGCUAUCAGCAGUGACGUGAAAGGAAUGUUUCAUCAGGUCCGGCUGCUGGAUGAGGACAAACCCUUCUUACGUUUCCUGUGGCGAGAUAUUAAAGUGGAGCAGGACCCUACCAUUUAUGAAUGGCAAGUGCUCCCAUUCGGCAUAACAUGUAGUCUAUGUUGUGCCACCUUUGCCCUUCACUCACGUCCAGAGACACACUGCCCCAGGAGAGGAUGUUCGCCUAUCAGUAGAACGCUGCUUCUAUGUCGAUAACUGUUUGCAGAGUCUCCAGUCUGAAGAGCAGGCCAAGCAGCUGGUGAGUCGACUGCACACAUUACUCCUGGACUGUGGAUUUGAGCUCCGAGAAUGGGCCAGCAAUGUUCCUUCUGUCAUUGAAGAUUUACCCGAAGACUCAAGGUCACAGAGCAGUACACUUUGGUUUGCACAACAGUCAACUGAACCUCAAGAGCGCACACUUGGACUGUUUUGGCAGUGUAAGUCAGACACACUUUGCUAUAAGCAAACCUAUAGUGAUUGCGCCAAACCGACUAUGCGCAACAUCUACCGUCUUCUUGCACAACAGUAUGAUCCUCUGGGGUAUAUUAUUCCAUACACCACCAGAGCUAAGAUCAUUGUGCAGCAUCUCUGGGAUAAGAAGAGAAGUUGGGACGAUCCCAAUCUCCCAGAGGAUCUGCUUCGAGCCUGGAAAUUAUGGGAAGAAGAACUUCCUCAGUUAUUCCAGAUCACCUUGCCCAGAUGCUACACUGUCCGCGGCGCAGGCUGUAGCACCACCAGUCAGACCAUUCAUGUGUUUUGUGAUGCGUCAGAACGCGCUUACGGAUCUGUGGCGUAUCUGCGCAGUGACGAUGGUAAUGGACAAAUACAAGUGGCAUUUGUGGCUGCCAGAUCCAGAGUUGCCCCAAAGAAGCAACUAUCAAUACCCCGACUCGAGUUGUGUGGCGCCUUAACCGGGGCACAGUUAGCUUCGGUGCUGCUAAAGGAAUUCACCAUCAAAAUCCAAGAGGUGGUAUACUGGACAGAUUCCACCACAGUGCUUAACUGGCUCCAGUCCGAUUCCUGCAGUUAUAAAGUGUUUGUAGGCACGAGAGUUGCAGAGAUACAGGAGUUAUCAGACAUCAGAGACUGGCGCUACGUUGACUCAGCCUCUAAUCCAGCAGAUGAUAUCACACGAGGGAAAACGCUGUCUCAGCUCACUGGAGUGAACCGCUGGAACAGUGGACCCUCAUUUCUUCUGCAGUCAUCCGACCAGUGGCCUGAAGUACCUCUAGGCCAAGUUACAGAAGUAACAGAGAAGCUGAGGAGUACAGUGUUUUGUGGUCUGACAUCCGAUUUAACAGAUCGGCUUAUACCCGACGUUCAGCAGUUUAAUACCUUUCAAGAGCUACUAGAAGCUACUACACGAGCACUACACGGGGCGGCUAGUGGCACGCCUCCCACUGCUGAAGACUACCAUAAUGCUGAGCUUGCUCUCCUUAGACAUGCACAGAAAGAGAACUUCCCUGAGGAAAUGGCUUCACUCAAAUCUGACAAAGCUCUUCCAUCUACUAGCAGGGUGCUAACACUCGCCCCUGAAUAUGACCAUACUGCAGGCUUAAUCCGUGUUGGAGGCAGGCUUCGUCGAUGUGAAAGCUUAAGCUCAGAUGUGCUGCAUCCCAUUCUACUUGCAUCCUCUCACCCAGUCUCCGAACUCCUGAUCCAGCAUUAUGACAAACAGCUAAACCAUCCUGGAUCAGAACGUGUUUUUGCUGAAGUGCGUAGGAAAUACUGGUUGCUAAGAGGAAGAGAAGCUAUCAAGAAGCACCAGCAUAACUGUGUGGAUUGCAGGAAAUGGAGAGGAAGCCCUCAAGUCCCGAAGAUGGCAGAUUUAAGAUUUUUCCGACCUGCUUUCUAUUCAACAGGCGUGGACUGUUUUGGCCCUAGGAUGGUAAAGGUGGGUAGACGUAUUGAAAAGAGGUGGGGCAUCCUAUACAAAUGCCUUACAGCUCGAGCUGUCCAUCUUGACCUCCUCCCGAACAUGGACACUGAUUCAUUCUUAAUGUCACUCAGACGGUUCAUAGCUCGAAGAGGAAAGCCUUAUGAGAUCCUUUCAGACCAGGGCACUAAUUUCAAAGGAGGAAGUAAGGAGCUUCAUGAAGCCUUCAGUGCCUUGGAACCAGCAGUUAAGGAUCAGCUCGCUGCUCAACAGAUUCUCUUCCGCUUUAAUCCCCCGAAUGCUCCUCAUUUCGGUGGAUCUUGGGAGCGUGAGGUAAGAUCUGUAAGGAAUGCCCUACGCAUCAGUCUAGGAGUUCAGACAGUGCCAGAGGAGGUGUUAAGGACAGUCCUUGUUGACAUUGAGGGCAUUCUCAACUCUAGGCCUCUGGGCUACAUUUCCUCUGACCUUGCCGACCCAGACCCAGUCACGCCCAACUGCUUGUUAAUGGGGCGGCCGGAUUCCUCCCUUCCACAGGUGGUCUAUCCCGAGUCUGAAAUGUUAAGCCGGAAAAGGUGGCGACAUUCCCAGAUUUUAGCGGAUCACUUCUGGAAGCAUUACAUUCGACUUUUUCUUCCCACUUUACAAGUCAGGCCGAAAUGGAAAACAGAGAAGGAUGACAUCACAGUGGGCACUACAGUACUCAUCGUUGAUCAGCAAACGCCAAGAGCCCUCUGGCAAGUGGGGACGGUUAAGAGCGUCAUACCUGGAGCCGAUAGACGCGUAAGGACUGCUGUCGUUCAAGUUAAAGGCAGGACUUAUACUCGUCCAGUUGUUCGCCUGAUUAAACGCCAGCCCUACCACCGGACAAUGAAGACACCUAGGAGGCAAAUUUGAACACCAAAUUUGGGGGCGGCUGUACAAAAGACUGUAAUUGACUUGUUUUCAGCCCUCUAGUUCAGUGUUUUCUAUUAACGUUUCUUUUCAUGUAGUUCUUAUUUCUACCACUAGAUGGCUAUCAGACCACAUUAAUGCAUGCACUGUAGUUCUGUGCAUUACGUUGUUCUGAGACGAUCAGCAUGAAACGGAUAUUAUUUAAUCCAGUCUCUUAACUGUGUGCGUCCAUUAAAAGUGAGUAAUACUAUUUAUGCUCUACCCUUGUCUCUUAAAAGCCUUAAAGCUGUAUUUGAGAUAGUUUUCUAUGUAGUUUGGGGAGCUAACUGCUAGCCGCUUUGCAUUGGUAAUUAAGCUCUGUUUAGUUCCAUCUGAUUCUGUUGGUGUUGUUGCUAUCAUUUUACAUUUAAAUGACUUAUUUGUGCUGUAAGUCUUUAUCUAUCAUUAGACUAUUAUUGGCAGCUGUUAUUAUUCAUGUGCAUUAAUGUUGUACAUUUUCAUAGUUAGUUAUUAGUUAAUUCUUAAUCUUAUGAGAGACUUUAGUCACAUGUUUAUUCCCCCGUGUGGACAAUUUUAGUUAUCUUUGUUAAAGGAGUACUUACAGACUAGUACUAAGAAUUGCUUAUUGGUUUAUUUCUCCUUGUAGAAACCACACAUACACACUUACAAACUGCUGAUACCUGUAUGGAACAAUGUUGAUGCCUUAUUGAAGACAACUCGAAGAUUGGACCCGGAUAUUGUGUUUUGUCAUCUCAACUCGCCUGAACAUAUAAAUUGCUGUCCUGACCCGACACCCUGAAGUGAUUGCUAAACCUCCUACUAAUAAGUUACAGUCCUCUUUACAACAAGGAUAACCCAAGUUGUUAUCAACGCUCCGUUCAGAAGCCUGCAUCACUGAUGGUAUGGGGUUGCAUGAGUGCUUGUGGCAUGGGCAGCUUGCAUGUCUGGAAAGGCACCAUUAAUGCAGAGAACUAUGUUCAGGUUCUAGAACAAGAUAAUGCCAGACCACAUUCUGCAGCAAUCACAACAUCAUGGCUACGUAGGAGAAGGAUCCGGGUACUGAAAUGGCCAGCCUGCAGUCCAGAUCUUUCAUCUAUAGAGAACAUUUGGCGCAUCAUAAAGAGGAAGGUGCGACAAAGAAGGCCCAAGACGAUUGAACUUUUAGAGGCCUGUAUUAGACAUGAAUGGGAGAGCAUUCCUAUUUCUAAACUUGAGAAACUGGUCUCCUCUGUCCCCAGACCUCUGUUGAGUUUUCUAAGAAGAAGGGGGGGAUACCACACACUGGUAAAAAUGGCCUUGUCUCAACUUUUUUGAGAUUUGUUGACGCCAUGUAAUUUUGAAACAACAUAUUUUUCCCUUAAAAUGAUACAUUCUCUCAGUUUAAACUUUUGAUCUGUGAUUUGUGUUCUAUUCUGAAUAAAAUAUUAGAUGUUGGCACCUCCACA